GACGAUCCAGACAAUAGUCCGUCCACAAGUCGGCGACUUUUCUUUUAUUUUCUUUUCUUUUUGCCGUUCCCCGCCAUAUUAGAUAAACGACUGCGCCUGACUCGCCUCUCGUUGGACACCGACAGGGAUCCCAUUGCCGUUUGCCAACGUUCAAGCAGUUCAACUUCUUAUAAAUCUACCCGGCCUUGGCCACAAUCAGUGCAUGCGCUUUCUUCCUGUGGUAAAACUCGACAUUUUAAUCACGGCCGUUGUUCACCAUGGAGACCGACCCAGCUAAGGCGUCCGAUACCGUCGAUCUGGAACGAAAUGACCAUCAGUUUUUGAUGAACAACACGGUUCAAUCCUUCACAUGGGAUAACCUGACCGUGACGGUGAAAGAUAGACGCACGAAGGAGCCCCGGAAUCUAAUCGAGGGCUGCAGCGGAACUGCCCACCAUGGUACAGCACUGCAAAAGACCGCAUGACAACAAACAAAGUGCUAACUAAAACACAGGCCAACUAAUCGCAUUGAUGGGACCUUCGGGCUGCGGAAAGACAACACUGUUGAACGUUCUUGCGCGUCGCACCGCUUCGGCUGGAGCGAAAACCACGGGGGAAUGCUACGUCAAUGGGGCAAAGCUGGAUAAUGAUACCUUCAACCGCAUCACGUCCUACGUCGAACAGGAGGAUGCGUUGAUCGGAUCGCUGACGGUGCAGGAGACACUGAAGUUUGCCGCAGAUCUGUCUCUGCCAGGGUAUGGACUCCGUUGACAAUUUAUCACUUGGCCAUAGCACCCGUGGGCUGAUAGCAGGUAGAUCGGUAACGAGAUCCCAAAGGGCAGAUCGCAUCCAGACCCUCCUGAGCGCAUUCGGCAUCCAGAAGCAGGCGUCGACGCUGGUGGGCACUCCCAUUCGGAAGGGGAUUAGCGGAGGCCAAAAGCGACGGGUCAGCGUCGCCAGUCAGCUGAUCACCUGUCCCAAAAUCCUGCUCCUCGACGAGCCAACCAGCGGGUUGGACUCGACUGCUAGUUACGAGAUCAUCUCAUACGUCAAAAAACUGGCAGUAGCGAACAAUCUUAUCAUAAUCGCGAGUAUCCACCAGCCAUCGACAACAACCUUCCAGCUAUUUGACAACCUUCUCCUUCUCUCGGGCGGGAAGACAUGCUACUUCGGACCCAUUUCGGAUGUCCCAAGCUACUUCGAAAGCAUCGACUAUCCCGUUCCCUCGAAUACGAAUCCAGCCGAGUACCUUUUGGAUGCGGUCAGCUCGGACUUCGCAGUCGACGAGGACCAAGUCGAGAAGAUCCAAACAGCAUGGACACAGUCCGCUGAGUGUGCCGCAUUAAGCAAGCAACCACAGAGCGCCGAGGAGAAGGGCGGCAAGGCAAUGAAUAUCGACGAACUGAGCCGCCCAGGUGUUCCCCGAAUCACCAUGUCUCUUCUGCAUCGGCUCUUUAUCAAGAGUUAUCGCGACGUUGUAGCCUACGGUAUUCGGAUUGUCAUGUAUCUGGGAUUGGCAAUCAUGAUGGGGACGGUAUGGCUUCGUCUCCACACCUCACAGGAGUACAUCCAACCUUUCAUCAACGCAAUCUUCUUCGGCUCAGCCUUCAUGAGCUUUAUGGCCGUCGCCUACGUGCCAUCCUUCCUUGAGGACCGGGCAACCUUUACCAAAGAACGAGCGAACGGACUCUACGGCGCGUUGCCCUUCGUCAUCUCCAACUUCAUCAUCGGCCUCCCGUACCUAUUCAUAAUCUCAAUGCUCUUUUCGAUAGUCAGCUACUGGCUCUCCAACUUCCGGCCCACAGGUGCCGCGUUUUUCACCUGGGUGAUGUGGCUUUUCCUGGACCUCGUUGCUGCCGAAUCCCUUGUUGUUUUCGUCACAGCCAUAUUCCCCAAUUUCGUGAUCAGUCUGGCGCUCGUCGCGUUUGCCAAUGGGCUCUGGAUGAGUGUGGGCGGGUUCCUUGUCUCGCCGACCAUCUUGAAUCCAUUCUGGAAAUACGUUUUCCACUAUAUUGAUUACCAGGUACGCUACUGGUGUCUUUCUGCAUUGUUAAACGUGUGUUACUGACUUUUGGUGUAGGCGUACGUCUUUCAGGGGAUG